GGGUUUGGCGGCGGGGAGCAGCGGCGCUCCGGCGGCGUACCCGCACGGCGACCCGGCCCUGAACGAGCAGGAGAAGGAGCUGAAGCGGCGGCUGAAGAGGCUGUACCCGGCCGUGGACGAGCAGGAGACGCCGCUGCCCCGCUCCUGGAGCCCGAAGGACAAAUUCAGUUACAUCGGCCUCUCGCAGAACAACCUGCGGGUGCACUACAAAGGUCAUGGAAAAACUCCAAAAGAUGCUGCUUCUGUUCGAGCCACACAUCCUAUACCUGCAGCCUGUGGCAUAUACUAUUUUGAAGUUAAAAUUGUCAGCAAGGGAAGAGAUGGAUACAUGGGGAUUGGGCUUUCGGCACAGGGUGUCAACAUGAAUAGGUUACCAGGUUGGGAUAAACAUUCAUAUGGUUACCAUGGAGAUGAUGGACAUUCAUUCUGUUCCUCUGGAACUGGACAACCCUAUGGCCCAACAUUUACUACGGGUGAUGUCAUUGGUUGUUGCGUCAACCUUAUCAACAAUACGUGCUUCUACACAAAGAAUGGACAUAGCUUGGGUAUUGCUUUCACAGAUCUACCGCCGAACUUGUACCCUACAGUAGGACUCCAAACACCAGGAGAAGUUGUGGAUGCUAAUUUUGGACAGCACCCAUUUGUAUUUGAUAUUGAAGACUAUAUGCGAGAAUGGAGAACCAAAAUUCAAGCACAGAUUGACAGAUUUCCAAUAGGAGAUCGGGAAGGAGAAUGGCAAACAAUGAUUCAGAAAAUGGUGUCAUCUUACUUAGUUCACCAUGGAUACUGUGCAACAGCAGAGGCAUUCGCCAGGUCUACAGACCAGACUGUGCUAGAAGAAUUAGCUUCCAUUAAAAAUAGACAAAGAAUUCAGAAAUUGGUUUUAGCAGGAAGAAUGGGAGAAGCCAUUGAAACAACACAACAGUUGUAUCCAAGUUUACUAGAAAGAAAUCCUAAUCUCUUAUUUGCAUUAAAGGUGCGCCAGUUCAUAGAGAUGGUGAAUGGUACAGACAGUGAAAUGCGGUGUUUGGGAGGCCACAGUCCAAAAUCUCAAGAUAGUUACCCUGUUAGCCCACGGUCUUUUAGUAGUCCUAGCAUGAGCCCCAGCCAUGGAAUGAAUAUUCACAAUUUGGCAACAGGCAAAGGGAGCAGCACACACUUUUCUGGGUUUGAAAGUAGUUGCAGUAAUGGAGUAAUAUCAAAUAAAGGCCAUCAAUCUUACUGUCACAGUAAGCAUACAGCCGCCAGCUUGAAUGUACCAGAGCUUAACAACAUAAAUGUAUCGAGAUCUCAGCAGGUUAACAGCUAUUCAAGCAGUGAUGUAGACAUGGAAACAGAUCACUACUCCAAUGGGGUUGCUGAGACUUCAUCCAAUGGCUUCCUAAAUGGUAGUUCUAAACAUGAUCACGAAAUGGAAGAAUGUGACACAGAAAUGGAAGUAGAUUCGAGUCAGUUAAGGCGUCAACUGUGCGGUGGCAGCCAAGCAGCUAUUGAAAGAAUGAUCCAUUUUGGGAGAGAAUUGCAAGCGAUGAGUGAACAACUAAGAAGAGAAUGUGGCAAAAACACGGCAAACAAGAAAAUGCUCAAGGACGCGUUCAGUUUACUUGCCUAUUCAGAUCCGUGGAGCAGCCCCGUUGGAAAUCAGCUUGACCCGAUUCAGAGAGAACCUGUGUGCUCUGUACUCAAUAGUGCAAUACUAGAGACUCACAAUCUGCCAAAGCAACCACCGCUUGCCCUGGCCAUGGGGCAAGCAUCACAGUGUCUAGGAUUGAUGGCUCGAUCGGGAAUUGGAUCCUGUGCUUUUGCCACGGUGGAAGACUACCUACACUAGCUAUGCAUUUGAAGAUCUGUGAGAUGGUGUGGUGUAUUCACUAUGGAAAGUAGACCAGCUCUGCUGACUGGAAUUUGGAGUUUUAAUUAUGUACUAAGGACAAGUCUGUCGCUUUAUGUUGCUUCCUAGUUUACAGCAUGAUGCAAAUGAUUUCUAACUUAGCGUUAGGAGAGAAUUUCCAUCUUUAAACCUCUUAGACAACUAAGAGUGGAAAAUAUCACUGGUAACGUCAGGCAUCCAAAUUGACAACUACAAAUCCUCUCAACGAUUGUCUGAAACAAACCAAAAACCCUGCUACCUUGCGGCGGGACGGAAGAGCGGCAAACGCGGAUGUAUUAGCAUGCGGGUGAUGUACACGUCGAGCAGGAUGACUUGCCAACCUCCACCCCAUUGUUACAUAGUUCAAUCAAUGUAAUUUGCAAAAUGCAUAAACACCUGAUGGUUUGGAUAUAGUGUUGAUGGGAAGAAAUGAUAUUUUUUAAUGUGUACUGUAAAACUUGAAUUACUCAGGAGCUGAGUGAAUAUGUUUGUUGCUACUUACAAUCCCAACCUGUUGAUCUUAGUAGUUUUUGUUUUAACAUGGUCUUUUCAACUUUGUUUCCUUGUUUAACUACGGACAGCUUCUGUUGUGUAGACUCACCAGUUUAACUGUUGUAUUAUAACAGUAUUACAUGUCAACACAGUGUGGUUAUGACCUAUUUAUAUAAAAACCAAAUAUUUAGUCAAUUUACAGUCUUAAUUUAAUCUUUGUACACCUUGCAUUUUUAAAAGUGCUUAAAUAGUACUAUAUUGCAAUAAAAUGUAGUGAUAUCAUAAUUAACCAGUCAUUAAAAACUUACUUCUACAUA